UGGCAGUAAUCUUUCAGCAAUUUCAAUAUGUCACUCUAUUGUCUUUGGUUUCUGUGGCUUCUGUUGAACUAGUCAUCUUUUGAAAGUAGAUGUCUUUUUCUCUGGCUGUUUUGCCAUUUUUUCCUUGUUUUUUAUUUUCACCAAUUUUGCUAUGAUGGGCUUGGAUUACUCUGAUAGGGUCUGGGCCAUACUUUUCAACACUGUGCUGGAUGUCCUAGGAAAAAAAUAAGGCAAGAAAAAUAAAUUAAAAGCUAUGCCCUGAAAAGGAAAAAAAAUAAAACUGACAUUACACCCUGCUCGAGGUUCAUAGAGCUUCUCAUAUUCUUAACUAAACAUGGCCUGAUGUCUUUCAUCAGUUUUGGAAAAUUCUUGGUCGGACACUUCAAAUAUUGCUCCUGCCCAUUCUCUCCCUCCCGUUUUUUCAGAGUUCCAACUGCACAUAUGUUCACCAAGACUUAUGUGUCUCUCAGGGUCUUUUCUGUUUUCUGUCUUUUUUUUUUUUUCUCCUGUGCUUCCAUUUUAAUGCUUUCUGUUAACCCAUCUUUCAGUUUAUCUGAUGUCUUCCAUUCAGUCUAAGCUGUGGUUAUGCCUAUGUUUUGAAUUCUCACUUUUGGGUUUAGAAUUCCCGUUGGAUUCUACCUGCACAUUCUCAUUCUCCACCGAGACUCUCCAUCUUUGCGUUCACCGUGUUCAUCCUAUGCAUGGAUGUGUCUCAUUGCCCCGAUCUCUGGACCUGCUGUUGGUCUGUUUCUAUUGCGCUUGGGUUUUUGUUUGCUUCUUUCACGUUGUUUUGUUUCUGUGGUUCUUAAUUAUCUAGCUCUGCUUCCUGGCCUGUGUGGUGAUUUUUAACUGAAUCUUGGAUAUCACGUGUGGAAAAUGUGGAGACUCCAGAUGAUGUUCUCUUUUUCUGAGAGGAUUCUUGUCUUUUCAGCAGGCAGAAUGUGAAAAGACCGGCUGGUUUCUAUCAGGGUUGAAGAUGAGUUGAGAUUAGACUUAAGGAUUUAUAGAAGGCAGGUCUUUUUCUGGGUUCCUAAUUGAAAGCCUGGAGAGUUCACUAAGUCCCUACCUCUUUAGAGGGCCCUGAACUCCAAUCCUCCCUUUUCUCUCUCUCUCUCUCUCUCUCUCUCUCUCUCUCUCUCUCUCUCUCUCUCUCUCUCUCUCUCUCUCUCUCCUCACCCUGGCCAAGAAUGUUGAGCUUCUUUCUCUGCAGCUCUCUGCCCUUAGCCCUCAAGUUCCACCUGCCUCGGUGUCUUCCAAUCCCUUCUAGCAGCUACUUCUAGCAGCUGAGUUUCUCUGCUUGUUUUUUAAUCCAACCUUUACAGAUGCUCUUGACACAGCAGCUACUGUUCUGUGGCCAGAAGCAGAGUUCUCGAUGAGGCUUCUUAACAGUCGCCUGCGGGAGCACCUUAUGCCUUAGAUGGUGUGUUUGUGGCAGCUAGAGCUUCAGAGCAACAACAGAGGAAAAGUCUGCUCUUAGGGUCAGGCAAUUAGGGGAGGGUUCUCUACCUCUGUUGCUUCCAACUGCAAGAUCUUGAGUAAACCACAAGAAUUGUCAGGGCCUCAGUUUCCUCAUCUGCAAAAUGGGUCCAAUAUUACAAAGGCCAUGUAUUUCACAGACUUAGUGUGAGGAUGAGCAAUAUGGAACGCAACCAAUGGUGCUUUAGAAAUAGAGGAGUCAUGUUUUUUCUUUUUCUUUUCUUUUCUUUUUUUUUAAACGGAAUUUCACUCUUUUUGCCCAGGCUAGAGUGCAGUGGUGCGAUCUUGGCUCAUUGAAACCUCCACUUCCCAGGUUCAAGUGAUUCUCCUGUCUCAGCCUCCCAAAUAGCUGGACUUACAGAUGCACGCCUCCACACCCAGCUAGAGACGGGGUUUCACCAUGUUGACCAGGAUGGUCUCGAUCUCUUGACCUCGUGAUCCACCCGCCUCGGCCUCCCAAAGUGCUGGGAUUACAGGCUUGAGCCACCGCGCCUGGCCUGGAGGUAAAAAAGGUACAGAGUGCUCAUCUAGAUAGUCACUGCUUCACUGAUUAUUUAAAUGAUAAAAAUGCAAUGGACUCCAAAUAUAGGGGCACAUUUAGGACAAUAACCAUUUGCUGUGGGAGGGUCCCCCAGUAGACACAGACGAAGCAGAAGGACUGAGAACUCCUGUGCUCGGGGGCUGAGUAUUCUGAAUGGAACAUGCUGGGGUGAGCUGGGGAGGGCUCGGGAGCUGCUUUCCCUUUGGAACUUGGCCCAGCGUCUCCUGCCCUGCAUUUUCCUGCCUGUCUCAGAAAGGGGCUUCUGGCAUCGCGGUCACCUACAUUCACGUCUGUCCUCCAUGGGGGGGGGGGGGGGGGCCAAACCUACCGGUCCUCUGAACCCACGAGGGACUGUUGAACGUUGUCUCUGAGUGUGAAGUCCUAGGACCUGGAUAUUUGGUAGCUCCGUGGGUGAGGCAGCGACUACCUAACUAAGACUCUGUAAUGACUGGACGAGACACUGGACUUCCUGGGGCAGGAAAUCGCCACCGACCAGAAUGUGUCUACUAUGUUUGUUGAAUGAAUGAAGGCAGGGAAGGGGGAAAAGAAUGGGAUAGUGGUAGAGAGGGGCAAGAUGAGGGAGAAUUCCAGCUCCUCGGGAACAGACCUGUCAUCUCAUCAGAAACAUCCCAAUCCCCUCACAGUGGGGUGGGAACCAGUGACCUCCCAGCAGGAGCAUGCAUGUUAGCUGAGCGAUUUUUGCCUCUCUGGAGAUGAGCUUAAAUUAAUGUGAAUGCCUGCCUUACCACAUUGCCCUUUGCCAGGAGGCCACGCGGUCCCUAAGUACCUCACCCAUGACUUUCUUGGUGCCUCAUUACACGUGUUAGAGAAAAUGCCAAGCUCCUAAGAGGACCCCUGCAAUCCUCCGAAGAUGGUGACUCCAAAUCCCGUGAACCCAGCUCUUCAGAACCCCCUUUGCUCUGGAGAAAUAAGACCUGGUCCUAUCUAGUCUUUGUUUCCCUCUUUUGAUCAUUUUCUUGGAUGAGUCAAAAUCAGGUCACCACCAGCACCAACACGUGACAUGAAGGAACGUGCCUCAGACCCACAGAGCACAGGCCCGCCCCCACCUCAGACGCGUCUUCCCUGCCUCUGGAUCUUGCUCUCUCUUUCCCUUGUUCUCACUUUUCUUUUUCUUUUUCUUCUUUUUCCUGCCCUUCCCUUAUUUUCUUUGGUUCCUCUUUCUUCUGUACCUGGGGAAAAAUGUCUUCAGACUUCUGGAGUAGAUUCAUGAGUGUGAAUGAGGUACAACCCGCCAACAUCAUUUUUUCCCAAGGCACAGAGGCUGUUUCUGUGGCUGGGCACAGCUGCCCUCUCUCGCUGCCCUGGGGGAUUGAUGUGAGGGAGGGGAGGAAGCUCAUGGAACAUCAGGCGGAGCUCACCCUGGUCCCCUCAGGCUCCCUUUAUCAUGCUCAGCGGUUGCAGCCCUGGCCUGCAGGGGCAGGGCCAUCUGGAAGCCACUGGCCUCUCCGCCAGCCCCUGGCUCUCGAGCACAUUCUCCGGGAACAGCCCCAGGUCUCUCCUUCACUCCCCCUCGCCCUCCCGGUGGGGGUCUAGGACCCCAGCAACACAGGCAGGCAGGGAGGAGUCUCCAAAGGGCAGACGUGCAGCUGAGAAACGUCCCUGUGUGCCUCCGUGGUCUCAACCUGGUUCUCUUUGUUCUCAGUUCUGUUUUUGCCCCAGUGCUUCAGAUGGACACCCUGGACUGAGGGCAACUUUAAUAUUGCCUCCGGGAUCAGACACACGCUGGCCCCUCCCUAGCGUGCUGACCUCCCUGUUGGGGGCAGUGGGUAGGGAGGAGCUGGCUCAUUCCGGGCCAGAGGAGCAGGAAAUAAAGGUUUUCCUUGUCCCCCUCCCCCCACGCCUCUUCCCUCUUCCCUUUCCCCUUGCCAUGGAGGUUCUUCUCUUCCUCCACUCACUCCUUCCCUCCCUCGCUGUCUGUGGGCCUGAUGCUGAUCGCCCUGCUCACUGUCAGAGUUACCUGGGAGAAGAAAGUCAUUCAUACUUUCCUAUGAAUUGGAUCCAUAGUCUGUCUUUUCUUGGGCUAUUUGCUCUCUGAGUCUCGCUGGCAGAUUUAAAGCCUAGGGCUGCGUUACAGACCUUUGGGGCCAUUACGGGAAAAGGGUGGGGGUGGGGAGCUGACCUUAGAAGGACCCUCCAGAGCCCAAGCAGUCACACACACAAGCUGCCACCCCCAGUCCUCAAUCAGUUUGCGUGUCAUUCAUAGUCUGGGACAAAGGACUUUAAAAAUAUGUGGUUGAGUGUGACUUGGAGCCCAGCCAGGUGCAGGGAUCGGGGAAACUGAGGCUGCUUGGCUGGGCAAGGCGAGAAUGCAGGGAGCUUUCUAAGACCGCUGACUCUGUAGCUCUGAUUUUUUUUUUUUUCCUUGUGAAAAGGAGCAAUCCUGUGUGGCUCCAAGUCUAGGGCUGGGGCUGGCUCUGUGAAGCACAUUACCUUUGGGCAGGGUGGGGCUACCCCAAGAGUCAUCGGCUGCCUCCAGAGGUGGCGAGGUUUCCAUCCUAGGGGUAGGGGUCUCCUGGAUUCAGCCAUCACCAGAGGAGGUUUGCAUAUUGUCAGGGCUGUGCCAGACCAGAUACCUGGGGGCCCUGGCUAAAAUGUGGUUCCUGGGCCCUACCCCCAGCUCGCGGAACGCAGGGGCAGCCCAGGGACCAUCGUGAUCUCACAGCUCAGAUGGCAUCGGUCCCCUGUGGGGGCUGCCUUUCCAGAUCCUCUGCCCAGCAGAAGAUCCCAGUUCCUUCCUGACCUGAAAGCCCUACAGGCCUGACCCUCCCCACUUCCUCUCUGCCCUUGCCCCCCACCAUCACCCUCCAGGGGAGGGUGCCCCAGCCUGGCUGACCUCAGCACUUGCCCCAGAACACAACUCUUCCCAGCCUCACGGCCUUCACCUGGCUGUGCCACUGCUUGUCAUGUUCUACCCCAGAUUUUCUCAGGGCUGGCUCCCGGGAAGAAGACAUCUGCUCAGAAGUCACUUCCCCAGAAGGGCUUUCCAUGGCCACCCACAUGCUGUCCCUCACAUUCGCUAGCCCGCCGUCCCCCUUCCUCUUCCAGCCUCCGUAGCAGUCCCCACCAUCUAAUAUUGCCAAGUGUGCAUCUGCUCGCCUUUCCGGCUUCCGGUUUUGCUGGUCCCGCUGGAAGGUAAGCUCCACGGGAGUGGAGCAGGGACCUGUUUGCACUGUUUCUCCCAUGACCCAGCCCCAGCUCUGUCUGGGACAUAGAAGAGUUUGCUGAACGAAUGAGUGAAUGAAUGAAUGAAUGAAUGCCCGUUGUGUGAAUGAAUGAGUGACAGGCUCGGAGGUCACUGGAGCAGAUGGGUGAAUCUGUGACCACUGUGAUAAUAAACAGCGGUUAUGAGCAGAGGACCAGACACCAAGCUGCCCUCCUGGGCACCGAGGUCCCUGGCCCUGAGCUUGCAUUCCCAAGGGACCCCAUGCCGGGUGUUUUGAGCAGAGGGCCAGACACCAAGCUGCCCUCGUGGGCACCGAGGUCCCUGGCCCUGAGCUUGCAUUCCCAAGGGACCCCAUGCUGGGUGUUUUGAGCAGAGGGCCAGACACCAAGCUGCCCUCGUGGGCACCGAGGUCCCUGGCCCUGAGCUUGCAUUCCCAAGGGACCCCAUGCUCGGUGUUUUGGGCCCACUCUCAACAUCCCGACAGCUUGUCUUCUUAUUAGGACUGAGUUGGAAACGGGGGCCCCAGAGCCCACGUGACUGGUCCAAAGAUACCCUGCAGGGCUACAGGGACGGGGAGGGAAGAGGCCUGUGCCUGGCACCCCUCAUCAGUGUCUAGAAAGUUCCAUUCUGAUGGAUGAACCAGCCAUGCCCAACAGUCUCCUGGGACAAUUCCCUCCAGAGACAUUUGCCGAGCGCUUUCUAUGUGUCAAGGGUACAUGGGGUCCUCCUCUCCUUGGUGACUUGGUUGGGGGUGGGUGGCAGCCCUGACUUUGGCCUCCCUGAAUGAUGGCACAGGAGAGACACCUGGUCUCCAGUGGAGAUUAGAUCCCCUUCAACGACAGGGAUGCAGCUAACCCAUCGCUCUAACUCCACGGUGGAGCAAAGCACCCCGGAGUCGGCCCUGGUGCAACCUGACUACAGUCACAGACCAGUGAGCCCUGGGAGGGACACUCUGCCCGGCCCAGAUGCUGCUGGCUGGACUCAUGGAUGCUGAGUCCAGCCGAGGCAGUGCCUGUCGCCACUCCCAGGCCCGUGCAAAGGGGCCAAAAACAAACUUGAAAAAGCAACCCCCCCAAUGGAGAGGCACUUUGUCCGGGGUCCAGGGGUCAUGAUGGGCACUGCUGUUUUCCUAACUCAUGUGACCAAAAAUCCUUUUAUUUGCAUAAAAAUGGAGGCUGGUUGUCUGAGUCUUCCCAAAGUUUCCUUACACUGAGUAGUCGCAUGUAGCCGAGCAGUGAAGGGCCCCUCACAGAACAAGCUCUGUACUGGCCACCACGACAAACUGCUGUCCCCACCUUCCAGCCACAUCGAACCCAUCUGCCCUGUGGGACCUAACCGCCUCCGAGCACCCACGUGCCAUGUCACCCGCUUGUUUUGUUGAUGGUCUGCCUGCCCCUCGCUGGUUGGCAACUCCAAGAGGACAAGGAGUCAGGCCUGCUUUGCUGGCUGCUUCUUGCCCAGUGCCUGGCACCCUGGAGGAGGUGCUCGCAGGCACCCGGUGGAGGCACCGGCAGCCCCGAGGCCCUUCCCAGCCUUCCUGUCCCUUGGCGUCCCCACCCCCAACCCUGGCUUGGGGCGCUCGACCCCUCCUCUUCAUCUUCCUAGUUCCCAGCGACCUUUUUGGGUUCAGCUGAGAAGCCACUCCCUCUGCAAAUCCUUCCGGCACUGGCCGUGACCUUUCCUUCCCUGGUCCUUCCACACUUUUCUGUGGCUGUCAUUUUUCUGACUUCCUGGACGACUGUCAGCCCCACACCUGUGGGUCUGUGCCCUGGACUCACAGCUCAACACGUAGUAGGACCUUCAUGAAUACACUGAUUGCCCCUGUGAAGGGGGCAUGCUCCUGCCAGAAAGGUCCAGCCCACCUUGUACUCCGGACAGAACACUCGUGUUGGAGAAGGCCCAGCUCUCAAUGGGACUUUUGUGAUGGGUGGCAGUGGCCUCAGCAGUGUUCCCCGGCAGCCCCGCCAGCUGGAAAAUGUUAAGACAGCAACUCCAUCCUUGCCCCUGGGGAGAACCUGUUUGUGAAGAUUCCACAGCCUCCUGUUAAGAAGCGAUUAUCCACGCGGGGGUUGUUUGAGCGCGAAGACAUUGACCCGUGGAUAAACUCUAUUGUGCUCUGCUAGGCGGUGCUAGAAUCUGUGGACAUGGAUGAAGGACAUGGUGUCCAUUCACGCAGGGGCUCAUCCUUCCAAAAGACAUUUUGCAUGCCUACUGUGUGCCAGGCUUGCUAGGUCCUGAGAAUACAGAGAGCAAAAGCAAAGGUCUCUGCUUUCCUGGUGCAGGGAGAAUAUGCUGUCAGAUAACAGAUGUGGGGAAGCAGAGGAAGGGGCUGGGAGCAGGGCCAGGGAAGACCCUGGAAAGGUGGUUUCUUAGCAGAAGCCUCGGAGAUGUGAGAGCAGGGCAGGAGGGAGGGUCACAGCACCCAGGGAACUGAAGUCCAGCCAAAGAGAAUACAGUGAACUCCCGGGAGGAGGGCGUUGGCCUGUCUGCUCCCUGAUAAGGGGCUCUCUCCCUGGCACACCCCCGACUCUUUCCCCAGCCCACUCCUCCAGCUGUUCUGAAGUGGAAGGCGGGUAAGGGGUGUCCCUUUGGUCAUUUAAGGAAAAACAGUCCCUCUUUCUUUGGUCCCCAAGGUAAACAAGACCAUGACAGGCAGCAGUAGGGAAGGAAGGGUGUCACCAUGCUCUCCGCAAGCUGGUCCCCAAUGUCACCGGCUGCUGUAGACUCAUCCAGCUCCGAGGGCCUGGGGGUGGGGGGCCGGGCCCGUGUCUUUUCUUAGGUGCAUCUAUGAAGGCCAGGCUUCCUGCCUCAGGACCCCCUAGGUGGCAGAAUGUUCCCCUUCACAGCCCCCCCCCCCCGCUUUAUCGAACAGGACAUUGAAUCCACUCACAGACGAGCAUGAGCUGAGAGUUCUUUUCUUUUACCCUGUUUUCCUUUUGGAAAGAAUUGGGAGCCCCAGCGUCCUCCCUAACCAAGGAGAGGGUCGGCUUUCUCUUCUGAAAUGUGGCUUGAAGGAACCCGGGGAGUGCAUUCUGCAGAGAGAUCCAGAAGGAACCUGUGGCUUUGAAAGGGUCCCCCUGAGGCUGGAGGAAAGGCUUCUCCGUCAAACCAGAAGGAAACAGGAGUGGGGGAGCGGAUGGCCAGGAACAUCUCGAGGUGCUUAAGCCGAGCAUACAAAGAGCUGAGAUCUGUGUGACCUGAGGAUCUGGGCUGUGGUGAGCUUAAGGGCGGACAGGGGCACCUGAUUUUUCCAGAAAACCUGAUUCCAGCCGUCAUUGUUCAUGUUUAAAAGGCUGGGAUGCUGAGUCUCAGGAAUAGCUUUUGGAAAACGAUGGUCUGUGUGAGAGGCAGGGCAGACAGCCGUGGGGCCCCUGGGCUCUAUGGAACCACGUGUCUCGGAGGAUGUGGGCUGUGAUGAGCUUACAGAUCUUAGAUGUCUGUAUUCAGGAAGGGCUUUUAGAUGGACAAGGGAACCACUGAUUAUGUGUGCCUUUGGGGAGGAGGUCCCCGUCGGGUCCAUUUUUAACCCUUUGGGAUGAGUUGGCGUGUGUGAAUGCGUGCAAGUGCGCAUUCUCUGUAGGACACGGACCUUUGGGUUUUGUCUACAUAAGCAAAGGGAUUGAAAUGACCGAGUUAAUUCGCUGUUGGCCAUUAAUGCAUUCUGCAAAGACAGGCGGCGGCCGUCUGUCUCCGAGGCGUGUGUCUCCGAGGCGUGUGUCUCACGCUCUCCCCUCCUCCCCUCCUUACGUCUUUUUCGUUUGUUUGUUUCACUUGUCUUGUUUUUGUUUUUGCAAGAUCUUACAGAAGACCCUUCUUAUGUUUUAAGAGUCAGCGCGCCUUGGGGCCCGACUCUGUUGAAUAACUGGCUCAAUUCUGCGCAUUCUUGUAGGUCCCUGUGGCUCACGUCAUUUUCAGGCAUGAAAAUGAGCCAUCAAAUCAUGACAAAAUCGCCUGGAGCCGCCAUUCUAGCCAAGGAGGGUGAGGGGAGGCGGACGGGAAAACAAGAUGAUGAAGCUACUUCCUCCACAGACAGGGAUUAGCAGACUCCACAGAGAAAUACGAAGUCGGGAAGGGGUUAGAGGAGGUAGGGAUAGAAAAGAAUGAGUGAACAAGGCCAGGCAAGGUAGCUCACCCCUGAUAUCCCAGCACUUUGGGAGGCCAAGGCGAGCGGAUCACCUGAGGUCAGGAGUUCAAGACCAGCCUGGCCAACCUGGGGAAACGUUGUCUAUACUAAUAAUACAAAAAUUCGCCUUGGUGGGUGCCUGUAAUCCCAGCUACUUGGGAGGUUCGGGCAGGAGAAUUGCUUGAACCCUGGAGGCAGAGGUUGCAGUGAGCCAAGAUUGCGCCAAUGCACUCCAGCCUCGGCAAAAGAAUAAGCCUCCAUCUCAAGAAAAUAAUUAAAAAAAAAAAAAGUAUAAAAGGCCAUUUUUAGCUGGUGGGACAGGUGAGACCAGGAGCUGUGGCUUCCUUGGCUUUGGGGAAGAGAAGUUCUGAUGAGGACCCAGAGGAUUCACUCCAGAGUGAGAUGCUUGCUGCUGCCUGUGACUGUAAUGUUAGCUCCAUCUCAGGCCUUAGAGACGGGUCUAUACGAAAAUCGGUGGCGUGGGUGGGUCACUGACACCGAGGCAGUGAUGCAGGUUUGGUGCGCUCACACCCAGCAUACACCCCGUGGAAGGCGCAGGGGUGAGUCUGUUGCAGAGAGCAGCUCUCGUGGGGUUCAUGUGCCCUCAACAGUGCAAGGGUGCCAACUCAAGUCCCAGCUCCUCUGCCUUGGGGCCUUAAGUCACCUUCAGCCCCUUGGACUAGAGGCCAGGAGGACCAGGACCUGUCCUUCACUAUCAGAAGCUCUGUGUCUGGGGAGAAAAUACAGUCGGGGGCAGGGGCUCAGAGGAAGCCGCAAAGGUCAUCCUCGUCCCUCUGGAGUGGCACAAGCUCAGACUGAGGCCAGCGCUUCUGCGAGGCGGAAGUUCCUCGUUCUCAGGAAGUAAGCUGGCGAAAGGAAACUGACAGCAAUCUGGAGCUUUUACUCUUUCAAACCCCAGAAAGAAGAACUGAAGCAGUGGUGGGCAGCUAGAGGCUCUUUGUCAGGGUGGGCAGGUGCUGUCCUGUUGCUGGGAGAUGGCCCCUGUCCCCCCGGCAGGGUGUCUGAUGCCAAUGCACCCAUCAUCCUGGAGAGGAAGGCUGUGCCUCCUGCAGAGUCACUGGGGAGGAGGCAGCUGUUUAAGAUUUUGUCUACACUUCUCUCCACACCUCCCAAUAAAGGAUCCAGGAGUGUGCGCCUGUGUGAACGCACUUGCAGAUGGCUAUAAUCACCCUAAGAACGCGACUUAACAUUUGUAAAGAGCUUAGCACAGUGCUGGCUCAUAGUAAGCACUGCACGGCUUCUCGUUAAAUAAACAUAAACGGGGAAAAUCUAUAGUGUGCCAAGGAUGGGAAGGAGAGUAAAGAGUGCAGAAAUGAAGCCCGAAAAAUGGAAGAUGGUGGGCAGAAGGGAACCUGAGUGGCUGGAGCCACGGGUGGAAGGAGCAGAGAGGAGCAGCCAUCUGAGCUCAACCGGAAAGGCUUCCAGUAGGAGGUGGCCUGGCCGGGGUCUCAGCUGCCCCGGGUGUGCUUUAAAGCUCUUGGGAUUCUCAGAGGGCAGGUCUUGUGUUCACAAAACACAUUAAGAAUCUGAAAACCCUCCUAUGGAAACAGGAUGCCCGUGGAUUCUGUUGGGGGGGAAAAAAAUCCCCCCCAACAGAACUUCAUGCUUUGGCCGCGUGUCAGAGAUUUGGCUGGCACUUUCGGAGCCCAGGCUGCGGUUGGCCGGCCUCUGCUUGGGCGUUGACACCAUUCCAGGGAAGGAAAAGACCGUGGCCAGUCUCCCGCCCGCCGUAUCUCGGUGGUAAAUUCCCCAGGCUCAUCUUCCCCGGGGGUAAUUACAGCCCAAGCUGCUUUUGGGAGGUGACAUCAUUUACCUGUUUGGCCUCUGUUUCUGCCCUACUCCGGUUGCCCAGCAGCGUGGGGCUGGUGUGGGAGCGGGAUGGGUGGCCGCUGGCCUCACAAUGGCCCUGAGUCAUGACUGCUCACUGCUUCCAUGCUGCUUUCCCUCCCCUGGGCUGUUCAUGAGUCAACAGCACUUAUUAGAACCCUCCGAAUGCAGAGAUUUGUACUGGGCCGACUGAGGGGCAGAGCAGGCUCAGUGCACCCAGGCUGUAAGGGUACCAGCACCUCCACCAGCGGAGAGCAGCCUGGGCACCCGGGUAUUUCCAUUUUGUAAAAAGAAACCCAGUCUCCUUUGUGCCACCUCCCGAAUUCUGGAUGUGGAUUGAAUGCGUGGAGCAAGCUCUGGUUCGGCGGGUGGAGGUCAGGAGACCUAGAAUGAAAGCCAAGUGUGUCACCUCUCCGGGUGUGCGCACCUGUGAAACGGGGGCUGAUGAAUCUGGCCCCCAGGUCCAGGUGAGAAGGCAGGUAAGGGCCUCAGAGAAGCCUGAGAGCAGUGGUGUUCAGCUGGGGCUGGUUUUGUCCCCAGAGGACAUUUUACAACAACAAGAAACAUUUUUGGUUGUCACACUGGGGUUAGAGGCAGAAGGUGCUGCUGGCAUCUCAUGGGUGGGUAGAGGUCACCAGGGUGGCUGCAAAAUGUCGUACAUUGCACGGACAGCCCUUACCACAGAAAAGGAUCAGGCUCCACACAUCCACAGUCCGGACACCUCUGCUGUAGAGCUCCUGUAUUAGAAGAGGCCUGUAGUCCCAGCUACUUGGGAGGCUGAGGCAGGAGAAUCGCUUGAACUGGAAGGUGGAGGUUGCAGUGAGCCGAGAUUGCACCACUGCACUCCAGCCUGGCGACAGAGUGAGACUCCAUCUCAGGAAAAAAAAAAAAAAAAAGAAGAAGAAGAAGAAGAGGUCUUUGCCUCCCUGGCCUGGACUCACCGUGGCCCUCACCCACCGUCCAAAGGGAGAGAUGUCAUGCCUCACUUUACAAAAAAGGAAAUCGAGGCAUGCCAAGGCUGUGUGGGUGGUUAAUGGGUUUCCAGUCUGUGGUUUUGGCAACCAGUCCCUGCAUCUCCACGAUUUGGGGCACCUCAUUCUGCCUCCCUUUGUAAAAUUCGGUUUGCCCAACUUCCCAUGGAGUCGCAGACAGCUCAGCCAGUGCUCAGAGAUGUUCUUCCCUGUCGGCGAUGCCAACGGGAUGGAAAUAAAAUCGAGUUGGAAAGGGCACCCCAGCACAGCCUCUUACCAGGAGGCCACCCUCCUGACAGCUUGUUGGCCUCCACUCCUUGUCAUUUGCCACUUACACCCCCGGUGACUAUUAAAUGUCAGCAAAGACACCUGUAUGAGUUGGCGCAUGCCAUCAAAUGACACUGAAGGGCCACACAGGCCAGCUGGGAAGCCCAGAUCUCCCCAUAACAAAAUGUACCAUCUGGACGAAUUAGACCAGGUUUGUACUAAUUCAUGAGCAGGGAAUUAGUCCUGCCCAAAAAAUUUGUCCCUGUGGGUUUUUAGUGAUGAAAAUCACUGAGACGAAAAGAAAAAGAAAAAUGAACACAACUGUUUAUGGAGUGGCCCCACGUGUAAGCGAUUAGUGACUAGGGGGAGAGAGAUUCCCAGCAAAGUGGCCCAUAGGACACAGACGGGGGCAGGGAACUAGAGAAGUGGACCACCUGUGGAACAAAAGGCACCCCAUAAACUCGUCCUGACUUGGGAGAUGUCGCCACUCACAGGAAUUCUCUUUUCUUGUUCCAGUUUUAGGGAUGAUUGCUUUUACUUUGUGUCAGUCCCUGAAAUCCCUAGACCCAUGAACCCCGGGGGAAGGCCAGGAGAGGCCUGGGGGCAGAGCUGAUCCUCUCUGGCCCUUGCUGUGCAGAGGCCACGCUGCAUUUCCUCUGCCCUUGCUGUGCGUGUCUACACCGUCCACCUCAGAAGACUUGGGAAAGGGGUGAGAGGAAUUAGAAUGCAGGGAUCCUAGAGAGAAAAAAAGGAAACAUACUGGAAACAGCCAAGGAAGUGGAGUUUUACAGGCAAGCAGAUGCCUUGAGCCUGGCUACAGCAUAAAUCACAGAAACCAGAGCUUCAACGCUGUUUGAGUAAAGCCACAAGGGGUGCUGUCUGGGGAGAAGGUGGGGCCAUCCUGCCUAGGAGAUGGCCCCCACCCCGCAGCCCCCAAGCCCAGAGCCCUCUCAGGCCAGAAGUGUCACUUCCUAAACCCUUGGGAAUGCCAGUGUAUCAGAUUUGGUCAAGUAUAUUUUACUCUUUGUUUUUCUGCAAACUGCACCUCGUGGAGCUCUGGCAGGUCCUUUGCCACUCGAACGUAGAUUUGGGAAGACAGCACAUUAGGGUUACGCAAGGCUGGUUGUUUACCAACAAGGAUAAGCAGACAGAGUUACAUAAUCCUCUGUAUGUUUGUGUGGAAUUCUUCCCAGCGCUGGACACUUGAACUCUUAGGAGCAGAGGCCAUGGAGGACUGUUUCUGGUGUGGAUUUGGCCAGCCUGGGGCCCUCUUCCAAACCCUCUCUCACUGUCCAAGGUGCAGAUGAAGGGUCCUUUAGGGCCACUCUGCGCCUGUUGGCACCACCAGCCUGAGAACCAAAUACCAAAUAGCCUUCCUGCACCACCGCAAGUUCAGGGAAGUCACAGACUUGUGCCUGAAGGGGGGCGGGGGGUCUCACUGAGACACCAGAAAAGGGGAGAUAUGACAAGAUGGCAGUAGAAGUGGCAGCGGUGGCCAUUGCCGAGCCCGGCAGCUUCAGGCACGCUCAAGACUCCCAUGAGAAGGUGGAGGCUCUGAGGAGGCUGGCACAAGGUCACAGUGCUGGAAGGUGCCAGAGUGGAGCGAGCCCCCACCCGCUCUCCCCAUCCCCAUCCUAGCUAACUCCAGGUUCCACGCUUGGAGUCAUGGCAUGCUGAUGACCUCAUGACUUGAAAGACAACUUCCUAAUCACUUCUGUAGACCUUGAAUGUUCCCAAAUGACCAUGUAAUAAGCAAUUAUUGAGCAUCAGCUGUAUGAACCUGGUAGACAACCCACUGUAAAAUGAGGCGGAAUAAAUGAAGUGCUAGUUGAGGUUCAGGCAGGUUCUUUGGGCAGAGAGGAAGGUCCAUGUAUUUGGGUGGGAAGGGGGCAGUCAGGGAGAAUCCCGGAGGACUUCCUGCCAGAGGUACUAUCUGAUGCACACCAUGAAGAACUCACAGGAUUGUGAGAGGCAGAGGGAGACUUUAUUUCCAGUGGAUGUGGUUGCCAGCAUGGCCCCUGGGACUUAACCAGAGUGUGGCUGUCCCCUGGGGACCUGCCUUACUCUCCUUAGGAGAAGAAAACUUGAAGAUCAGCUGUGUGCCAGACCCCUGCUGGGGCCAGGGGUGAGUGAUCAAAGCCACCGUCCCCCCCUCCAGAAAGCAGGACACCCUGCCCUACAGUGGGGACAGCUCUCUGCAGGAGCCCCACCCUACCUCAGAGGAUGGGGGCCGUUCCUUGGCAUUCCUAAGCCUGGGUGUCCUCUGCAAAAUGAGGACCCGCGUUCCAAACUUGCGGGCGCAGGGUUAAAUGAGAUGAUACACACCCAUGCCCUGCAUCAGGGAGGCUGCACGCGCCUGGGCACAGAACACUAAGCGCUCCGUAAAUGGGAGGUGGGGGCACCGGUAACAUCGGUGGGCUCCAGAGAGACGACAGCCCCAGGAAAGCCUCCCCCAGGAGCACGGGCAGCUGGUUGGGGGGGGCCGGGCCGGCAGGAACCAGGCGAGCUCCCUGGAGGAGGUGAGCGGUGAGUGACAGCAGGAGUUUGCCAGGGUGGAGGGAAAGGGGCAGGGAGAACAUUCCAGACUCCAAUCUCAGAAGCUUCACUCCCCCGGAGGCGGAGGUGCCCCGCCACAGAAGCGCCUGCAACUCGGGGACUUUAUUGAAAGUCCUCCCGUUUCAUACCUGAGGCCGCCGGGGCCGUGGAUGGGGAGGGCGCGCCGCCCGGCGGUCCCCGCGCACAGGCGGCCACGAUGAGGGUCAACGAGAAGUACUCGACGCUCCCGGCCGAGGACCGCAGCGUCCACAUCAUCAACAUCUGCGCCAUCGAGGACAUCGGAUACCUGCCGUCCGAGGGCACGCUGCUGAACUCCCUGUCUGUGGACCCUGACGCCAAGUGCAGGUAUGGCCUAUACUUCCGGGACGGCCGGCGCAAGGUGGACUACAUCCUGGUGUACCAUCACAAGAGGCCCUCGGGCAGCCGGACCCUGGCCAGGAGGGUGCAGCACGGCGACACCCCCUUUGGGGCUCGCAGCCUCAAGCAGGACCACCCCCUGCCGGGCAAGGGGGCACCGCUGGACGCAGGCUCGGCCGAGCCCCCCAUGGACUACCACGAGGACGACAAGCGUUUCCGCAGGGAGGAGUACGAGGGCAACCUCCUGGAGGCCGGCCUGGAGCUGGAGCGGGACGAGGACACUAAAAUCCAUGGAGUUGGGUUUGUGAAGAUCCACGCCCCCUGGAAUGUGCUGUGCAGAGAGGCGGAGUUUCUGAAACUGAAGAUGCCGACGAAGAAGAUGUACCACAUUAAUGAGACCCGCGGCCUCCUGAAAAAAAUCAGCUCCGUGCUCCAGAAAAUCACAGAGCCCAUCCAGCCCAAAGUGGCUGGCCACAGACCCCAGACCAUGAAGAUACUCUCCUAUCCCUUCUCCCGAGAGAAGCAGCAUCUAUUUGACCUGUCUGAUAAGGAUUCCUUUUUCGACAGCAAAACCCGGAGCACGAUUGUCUAUGAGAUCUUGAAGAGAACGACGUGUACCAAAGCCAAGUACAGCAUGGGGCAAGGCGAGGGAAGAAAGAAGGACUCCGCCCUUCUAAGUAAAAGGCGGAAAUGUGGGAAGUAUGGCAUCACGAGCCUGCUGGCCAAUGGUGUGUACGCGGCCGCAUACCCACUGCACGAUGGAGACUAUGAGGGUGAAAACGUCGAGUUCAACGACAGAAAACUCCUGUAUGAAGAGUGGGCGCGUUAUGGGGUCUUCUAUAAGUACCAGCCCAUCGACCUGGUCAGGAAGUACUUUGGGGAGAAGAUCGGCCUGUACUUCGCCUGGCUGGGCGUGUACACCCAGAUGCUCAUCCCUGCCUCUGUCGUGGGAAUCAUCGUCUUCCUGUACGGAUGCGCCACCAUGGAUGAAAACAUCCCCAGCAUGGAGAUGUGUGACCAGAGAUACAACAUCACCAUGUGUCCGCUUUGCGACAAGACCUGCAGCUACUGGAAGAUGAGCUCAGCCUGCGCCACGGCCCGGGCCAGCCACCUCUUCGACAACCCCGCCACCGUCUUCUUCUCCGUCUUCAUGGCCCUCUGGGCUGCCACCUUCAUGGAGCACUGGAAGCGGAAGCAGAUGAGGCUCAACUACCGCUGGGACCUCACGGGCUUCGAGGAGGAAGAGGAGGCUGUCAAGGAUCAUCCUAGAGCUGAAUACGAAGCCAGAGUCUUGGAGAAGUCUCUGAAGAAAGAGUCCAAAAACAAAGAGAAGCGCCGGCAUAUCCCAGAGGACUCCACAAACAAAUGGAAGCAGAGGGUUAAGACAGCCAUGGCGGGGGUGAAAUUGACUGACAAAGUGAAGCUGACCUGGAGAGACCGGUUCCCGGCCUACCUCACCAACAUGGUCUCCAUUAUCUUCAUGAUUGCGGUGACGUUUGCCAUCGUCCUUGGCGUCAUCAUCUACAGAAUCUCCACGGCCGCCGCCUUGGCCAUGAACUCCUCCCCCUCCGUGCGGUCCAACAUCCGGGUCACGGUCACGGCCACCGCGGUCAUCAUCAACCUGGUGGUCAUCAUCCUCCUGGAUGAGGUGUACGGAUGCAUAGCCCGGUGGCUCACCAAGAUCGAGGUUCCAAAGACGGAGAAGAGCUUUGAGGAGAGGCUGAUCUUUAAGGCCUUCCUGCUGAAGUUCGUGAACUCUUACACCCCCAUCUUCUACGUGGCUUUCUUCAAAGGCCGGUUUGUUGGACGCCCGGGAGACUACGUGUACAUUUUCCGUUCCUUCCGGAUGGAAGAGUGCGCGCCAGGGGGCUGCCUGAUGGAGCUCUGCAUCCAGCUCAGCAUCAUCAUGCUGGGGAAACAGCUGAUCCAGAACAACCUGUUCGAGAUCGGAAUCCCGAAGAUGAAGAAGUUCAUCCGCUACCUGAGGCUGAAGCGGCAGAGCCCCACCCACCACGAGGAGAGCGUGAAGAGGAGGCAGCGGUACGAGGUGGAUUACAACCUGGAGCCCUUCGCGGGCCUCACCCCCGAGUACAUGGAAAUGAUCAUCCAGUUUGGCUUUGUCACCCUGUUUGUCGCCUCCUUCCCCCUGGCCCCGCUGUUUGCACUGCUCAACAACAUCAUUGAGAUCCGCCUGGAUGCCAAAAAGUUUGUCACCGAGCUCCGAAGGCCAGUGGCAGUCAGAGCCAAAGACAUCGGAAUCUGGUACAAUAUCCUCAGAGGCAUUGGGAAGCUUGCUGUGAUUAUCAAUGCCUUCGUGAUCUCCUUCACAUCAGACUUCAUCCCGCGCCUGGUGUACCUGUACCUGUACAGUAAGGAUGGGACCAUGCACGGCUUCGUCAACCACACCCUGUCGUCCUUCAACGUCAGCGACUUCCAGGACGGCACGGCCCCCAACGACCCCCUGGACCUGGGCUACGAGGUGCGGAUCUGCAGGUACAAAGACUACCGAGAGCCUCCAUGGUCAGAAAACAAGUACGACAUCUCCAAGGACUUCUGGGCCGUCCUGGCUGCCCGGCUGGCGUUUGUCAUCGUCUUCCAGAACCUGGUCAUGUUCAUGAGCGACUUCGUGGACUGGGUCAUCCCGGACAUCCCCAAGGACAUCAGCCAGCAGAUCCACAAGGAGAAGGUGCUCAUGGUGGAGCUGUUCAUGCGGGAGGAGCAGGACAAGCAGCAGCUGCUGGACACGUGGCGGAUGGAGAAGGAGCGGCAGAAGGACGAGGCGCCGUGCAACCACCACAACCCCACAGCCUGCCCGGACAGCCUCGGCAGCCCGGCCCCCAGCCAGGCCUACCACGGGGGCGUCCUGUAGCUAACCAGCCGGGCAUCCUGACCCACGGGCACCCUCUCCCAGGGCAGGCGGCUUCUGGCUCCCACCAGGGCCCGGAGGCUUCUGGGUUUUCGGCAAAUGUGGAGGACCACUUUCUAAUAGGACACCUUCCUUUCUUCUUUCUGUUUUCUUUCCCUUGUUUUUGCACAAAGGCCAUUAGGCAGGGAAUCUUUUUCAAUCUGUGGUUUUCAAGGUGAAUCAAAAUGAUGGCUGGUAACGAAGCUAUAAAGUAGCAAAGGCAGGUGCUUUGCAGAAAGAACGCUUGGAAACUCGAGUCUCCCUGGCGUCGAAUAGUGAGCAGAGGCCCCUAGAAACCCUCCUUUCAAUCCUCCUAAUGCCUUAAGAUAGAUGCGGAAUGGUAAGCCAAGGCAUCGGGCAAAGGCUGCUUCAGGGGAAACGGAAAAAGCAAGAAAGAAUAAUGAUGGAUUCUGGUUCCAAAAGGUGUCACCUGCCUGUUUCAGGAAAGCUAGACUUUCAAUCACUUUUUCCUUCCUCAGUUCAGUGGCUGAGGCACUCUGGGCAGAGCGAGAAUUGUCCCAGCGCUGACCGCACGGGGGCGGGGAGCAUCCCAGCUGUUCCUGGAAAGCUAGAAGUGGGCACAGGUGUCCUUGACUGAGCAGGAACCAGCACUCUUGGUGUCCCCGGCAGGACUCGCUGUGAGCCACACACCUGCCCCGUGGCACCAAGCUGACCUCAGAGCUGUUCAUCUUCCUUAUGCAACAAAACUGGUUGACCGGAAAGUGGGCAGGGAGAGAUGACCUCGGAAGCAUAUCCGCAGAUGGCAUCAGGGUUUCGAGAAGUGUUACGGCUUCCCGGGGUCCCCUGGAAGCUUUAGAAUAUUCCUGAUUCUCUUUUUCAAAAACCAAUUAUGCGGUAGAUUGAGGAUAUGUUUUCUGUAGCUCAAAGGUGGAGGGAGUUUAUUAAUUUACCAAAUAUCAUUGAGAGAAAUUUAAAAUACUGUUACUACCAAAGAUUUUUAUUAAUAAAGGGUUCUAUUUUGGUAACACUUCUCUAUAUUUUUACUCACAGGAAUGUCGCUGUUGACAAUGAUUUUAAAAGUGUAUAAAACCAAGUCUCAUAAAUUACCUGAGUGAUGUAAAUCUGCGGCAAUGAUACUAAACAACUCUGCAGUUUCUCAAGCACCAGGAGAAACGUCAUUUUAGCAAAGGCAAGGGGGAAAAGCAUAAGCGUAUUUCUCUUGAACACCUCAUCGAUGCGAGGUUGACGCUCCCGUCGAUCUGCCAACGGCGAUCAAAGCUCGUGGGUGUUGCAGAUUUCCAAUAUUUGCUAAAAUCAUGCAAUCUGAUGCUUCUCUUUUCUCUUGUACAGGAAGUAGUCUGAAAUGGGUUUUGUAUAUAAAUAUUGUAUUAAAAAAGUAGGCGAUUACCAAAAAUCCUUUUAUGGAAGCCGUUUUUUAAAAAAGUGAAUGUACACAAGCCCAGGGAAGACUGUGGCUGGACAUUCGUCUAAAUAAAUUUGAGUAUACGACA